CUCUUCCGUCUCUGAGAGUAGUGAUCGUGAUAGUAUUAGAGCAUUACACGCAAUACAAAUAAUUGUAAAAAUACAACAAAUAAAAAAGUUGAUCGUCUCAGGGAAGUGAGGCUGCAGCUUCUCCAGAUCUGUAUCGGAUGGAUCAGUCCGAUACAGAUCUAUUAGCAGCACCCAACAUGGACUACAAUGAACCGAAAGCAAUGUCAAUUGUGCUUGUCUACGUGUGAAGGUAGUCACGGUGUUCCUUAUAUACAACUACAUAUAAACGCUGACAUACACACUCGUAUAUUGCUCUAAUGUUGUCCCACUUUAGUCUCCAAACAAACCAAGGCGCCCACUUUCCCUACUGCCGACGUUAGGGCAAUCGCAGCGCCAUCGAAACUACCUAGUGGGACUGGUAUGUCCAGUUUGAUCCACCUGGUCGAGACUCCGCCAAUCAUGAACGUGCCACACACUGAGGUAUGUUGAGUUGUGUUGAACACUUCAUGCUCGAACCCACAGUAGAUCCACUGAUGGCUACUGGAAGACUGUUUUACGUUUGACGAAAAUUGAUCAAAAACUUGGUUUGACAAACUUUGAGGCGCGUCAAUCUUUAGAAACAAGGAAGCACAUCGCUACUGGACAGCCAUUAUUUAAAAAAGAUGGAACCCAAGAAGAAACCAUUCUUCUUAAAGUUCCUGCAGCCGAAGAAGGCAGGUAAAAAGACAGGCGACAAGCAGGGAAAAAAACUGGCCCACAGACGUAGCAUCUCGUUCCCUGACCUGCGGAUGCUGCCGGAUGCGGGCCUUCCGGACUCGCCGGGCCCCGCCAGCUCUCCCUCUCAAAGUGACAACGAAUCCAUUGCCAGUGAAAACAUCCCUUGCGAGCGGCCGUCCUCAGACAGAGCAAACUAUGACGUGGCCCCCGUGCUGCGGUACCCUCCCACCAGGGACUACGUGGACAACAGGAUCACGGCACCUGCAGAGAGCUUCAACCACUUCGACGACUCAGACUAUAUCAGGCGACGCAUGAACUCCUCCGGCAAAUGGAGCUUUCACAGUGAACCAGGCAGGGUCCCCAGAGCCAACGUGAUGGAGCCCGCGCCCUCUCUUCUGGCCCUUCCCGUCCCGUCGCCCAGACACGUCUCCGCCAACCAGCUGGUCGCACGGCUGGCGGCGUUGGACGGGAGGGAGAACUUCGACCGAUCGGACACCUCCUCCGUGGGGAUGUCGGAGGCGGUCUCCUCGGCGCUGUCCAGGGCCAGCUCCUUCGGGGAUCAGGUGAGGGGCCCGGCGUCGCCGUCCUUCUUGCGGGUGUCCCCGUCGCAGGGGCCCCGGGAGCAGGCCGAGCGCUGGGCCCCGCUGCCCGACGGCUACUCGGACGAGGAGCGCGGCGUGGUGACGUGGAACACGGACUCGGAGGACCAGGACAGGGAGAUCAUGUCCCAGUACUUCUCCAAGCUGGAGGAGAACCCGGCAGAGGAGGAGGAGGAGGAGGAGGAGCAGGAGGAGGAGAACCCGGCGAUGGAUCCCGAUGAGGUGAACGAGCAGGAUGACCUCUUCGAUGAGGUGAAGCGGGAUCUGUCCGACAACUCUGCCGGGCCAUCAGCUUCCCCUAUAAGCCCUCUCCAAAGCCAGAGAUACCUGCUGAACAUCAACCUGAAGGAGGGGAAGAACCUGGCCAUUAAGAACAGGCGAUCUGCCACCAGUGAUCCCUACGUGAAGUUCAAGAUUGAAGGGAAGCAGUUCUACAAGAGCAAAGUGGUGUACAAGAGUCUAAACCCCCACUGGAACGAGUCCUUCUCACACCCCCUGCGAGACAAGGACCAUGGCAUCGAGGCCCGGGUUUACGACAAGAAUCUGACCAGUGAUGAGUUCAUGGGCUCCACCAUGAUUUCCAUCAGCAACCUGGAACUGUACAAGAACUACGAGAUUGAGCUGCGUCUGGAUGAUCCUAAGAGUAAAGAAGAUAACCUGGGUUCCAUCGUCGUGGACCUCUGUUUGAUGUACAGAGAUGCAACCAUCAAGAGGAACCCGAUCAACAGAUGGCCACAAAAGAAGAAUAAGGGCCCCCAGCAGCUGCAGCCCCCGGGCCAGCCGGGCAGCCAGACCCAGACCCAGACCCAGGGCAGCCUGCAGAAGAACCAGGUGUGGACGGGCGUGUACAGCAUCACCCUGGUGGAGGGGCUGGACCUGCCGCCGCAGGGCCCCGCCGACCUCUACGUCCGCUUCAGGCUGGCCGACCAGAAGUACAAGAGCAAGUGUUGUUUUUGUGCGUGUGUGUCCGUCCGUCUGUCCUCCUCAACAAUUGACACAAAGUGGACCUCCUCAGUUUGCAUGUUUGUUUACCUAAACGUGAUCUCUUUUGUAUCCCAGGACACGAGGAGGAAGGGUUUGAUGGACAAGAUCCACAUGGUGCAAGAGGUGGUCCUCACCGUGCAGAACAUCCUGGACGAGAUCGCCAACAUAGGGGAGCGCGUCAAAAACACCUUCAACUGGACGGUGCCCUUCUGCUCGUGGCUGGCCUGCCUGGUGCUGCUCCUGGCCACCACGCUGGCCUACUUCAUCCCCCUGCGCUACAUCGUCCUGGCCUGGGGCGUGAACAAAUUCACCAAGAAGCUGCGCAGCCCGCACGCCAUCGACAAUAAUGAAAUCCUGGAGUUCCUCAAGAGGGUGCCUUCUGAUGUUCAAAAGGUGCAGUACAGUGAGCAGAGACCGGCCGGCACGCACAACCUGCCGCGCAAGAAGAGGUGAGCGGGGCGGUGCAGGCCCCCGACGCGGGCCCCGGCCCCGUGGAGCCGGAGAACCACCGCUAUGCGCCGGCGUACGGCCUCGGACCCCCGCUACGGUCGCCGGC